AACAGAUAUUGACGUCAUACGAAGAGUGCAGAUGGAUCAAUACGGUCGACAGAAGUUUUAACUAUCUGGAGUGCGGAUAAAUUUUUACUGAGAGUCGUAUAGGAAUCUAUAAUCUAGUACUUUCCAAAAUACGCCGAGAGUAUUCCUGAUGGUGAAACGAGCGUUGCUUCAUCGAACGCAGCUAAAGAAAACAACAUCUAUGUAGUUGGUGGUACGAUGCCUGAAAUAGAGGGCGAUAAAUUGUACAAUACCUGUACUAUUUGGGGUCCCGAUGGAACUUUGAUAGCAAAACACCGAAAGGUACAUCUAUUCGACAUCGACAUUCCUAAUAAGAUUACUUUUCGAGAGAGUGAUUCACUCAGUCCUGGUAACUCCCUAACGACGUUCGAUGUGAAGGGCUGCAAAAUAGGUAUUGGCAUUUGCUAUGAUAUUAGAUUCGAGGAAAUGGCACGCAUUUAUCGGAACAAAGGUUGCCAAAUGCUGAUAUAUCCAGCGGCAUUCAAUAUGACCACUGGACCACUGCACUGGUCAUUACUUCAGCGUUUCAGAGCGAAUGAUAAUCAAUUAUACGUUGCCUGCAUAUCACCGGCUCGUGUUCCUUAAGCAAGUUACGUCGCAUGGGGACAUACACAGUUGACCAAUCCCUGGGGAAAGAUUCUUUACGAUUUGGAAACUCAAGAGAAUAUGGCAGUCACCGAUAUCAAAAAAAAAAAAAAAAAAAAAAAAAAAAAAAAAAAAAAAAAAAAAAAAAAAAAAAAAAAAAAAAAAACUGGCGAACCGUGUGUUACCACAACG